AAAAACACAAAUUCACACGCUAGGGUUUCCACAACUACGAUCAAAAAUCAAUUCUCAUCUGAAAAUUCGAUCAAAUUGAAUCGGAAAAAAAAAAUGUGGCAUGAGGCGCGAAGGUCGGAGAAGAAGGUCCACGACAUGAUGGACGCGGCGAGGAAGCGGGCUCAGCGGCGGGCCAUUUACCUGGCUAAGCGGCGCGGCGACCCUCAGCAGGCGAUUCAGGCCGUCGGAUCCCGUUCCCGCAUCCACCGCGACGACGCUCUCUAUCAAGCCACUCAGGAUCAACAGAGCCUGAUACCUUGGAAUGGGAAACAGGAUAUUUUGAUUGACAGAUUCGACGGCAGAGCACUUCUUGAUUUCAUCCGUGAUAGUAGUUCCCGACGUGUUCGAGUUCCAGAGAAAACUGAGGAAGAGGAAGAGUUAGAAGAGUUUGUUAGUUUUGAGCGUUACCGGGAUUUAAUUAAGCAUCGACGUAGAGGAUUUACUGACGAGGAGGGUCUACAACAUGUUAACCUAGAGAUGGAGGCUAAGAUAACUGCAGCCUUUGGACCAGACAGUAGCGGCAAAUCACACGUGGCUCAGGCUCCACAAAAUAAAGGUUCUUAUUCGCAAGUCGGUUUCUCAUACGAUGGAAAUGCCCAAGAAGAUAAUCAAUAUUCAGAUGGUGAUGAAGAAGAUGACGAAGAUGAAGAAGAAGAGGAAGAUUUUAAUAGUGAUGACAGCAACGAUGAAGCAAUGGAGUCUAUUGCUAAAGAAUUUGGAGUGAAGAGGUACGGGUGGCUUUUAUAUAUGGAUAAAAAGGCUAAAGAAGAGGCUAGAAGGCAGAAAGAAGUGAUCAAAGGAGAUCCUUCAAUUAAGAAGCUGAGUCGCAAGGAGAGAAGGAAAGUUUCUCAGAUUGAAAGAGAGAGGGAAAGGGAAGCUGCUAGGGUUACUGGAACGAGAGUUCUACAUCACGACCCAUACCGGGAGUCUAGGCGAAGUCCUACUUAUGAAGCUUAUGCACGUUCUAGGAGAUCGAGGUCGAGGUCGAGGUCCUACUCUCCCUCACAAUCUAGGCGCCAUACUCAUCGAAGCAAAGAUAGUGCCCCGAAAAUAGAGUAUAUUACUGAAUUUGGUGGCUCGGGAAAUGGGGAAGGGCCAAAUCUUGAAGGAUAUUCUCCACCACAAUCUCCUCCAUCUCAAACCUAUGCAUUGAACCGGCCACUGCCUGGUCGCAUACUUGAGGCCCUCCAUGUAGACCCCGCCUCUGGUGUAUCCCUCGACAAAGAUAGAAAUGCCAAGCCACUGAAAACAACACCAAACACAUCCUCUGCACUAGCAAAAUUGAGCAAAGCAGCUAGUAAUGGAAGUCUCACUAAGCAACAGGGCGAGAAGAAGGAAACUCCUCAAGAACGACUUAAACGGAUAAUGGACAAGCAGCUAAAUAAACAAAUUAAAAAGGACACAGCAGUUGAAAUGGCAAAGAAACGAGAACAAGAGAAACAUAGGCUUGAGAAACUUGCAGAAACGAGUCGAGUGAGUCGAUAUCAGCGAAGAAGCCGUAGUAGAAGUUACAGCCGCUCUCCCAGAUACAGGCGAAGCCGUAGCCCUAGUAGGAGUAAGAGUUCUAGAAAGUCGCGUUCACCUUCUCGCUCUCGUUCUUCGCGAAAAUCUCGUUCUCGUUCAUACUCUCGAUCUCACUCUCCUAGGGGAAGAAGGUCAAGGUAUUGAAAAUGUGAUUUUGCCUCCCUUGUAAUGUUUUGUCUUACUUUAUAAUAUUGCACUGUUUUAAGUUUAUAAUAUGUUGUGUGUGUAUCUCAUAUAAAAUACCAUUUGUGUUUACUAUUAUAAAAAAAAUGGCUGUUUUAGUAUUAAA